AGGGAAGGGGCGUGAGAUUAUAAAUCCCAGUAUCGCCGUGUUCCUUUUUGUACCUUACACACUUUUAGCCUAAUCACCCCACGGCCACCAUCUGCUGCUCCCGAAGCAGAGGCUCAUACAACGGCGUCAAGCCUGGAGCUUUAAAGACAACAACGGGGUUUCCCGUUCAAAGCGCCACGGUUCGCAAGACAUUGGCUUAGCUGAGUGAGUUCGAUCACUGAAGCUAAAAUCGCCGUUGUUGCAGCCAGCCCACCAGUCGAAACAAAGUCACAUAAAUCAGGACAAAAUGGUGCAGAACAAAGUCACCGAGGUUACCGGAUUCCAUCGCUCCUUUAAGGGGCAAAAUCCUUUUGAAUCCGAGGAAUUUACCAAAAACGCAUCCCAUCUUCUUGACACGUCAUUCAACUUUGAUUGUUCUGCCCGACAUGACAUACUAUCCAGUCAGCCCAUCGACAUCCCAGACGCCAAGAAGAGAAACAAGAAGAAAAAGAGAUGCAGAGCAACCGACAGCUUCUCAGGGCGAUUUGAGGAUGUAUAUAAACUGCAGGAUGAGGUGCUAGGGGAAGGGGCAUAUGCCAGGGUGGAGACCUGCAUCAACCAAAUCACCCACAAAGAAUAUGCUGUGAAGAUAAUUGAGAAGAGGCCAGGACACAGCAGGAGUCGUGUUUUUCGAGAGGUGGAAAUGCUGUACCAGUGCCAAGGCCACAGAAAUAUUUUGGAGCUUGUGGAGUUCUUUGAGGAAGAGGACAAGUUUUACCUCGUGUUUGAGAAGCUGAGAGGAGGCUCGGUCUUGAACCACAUUCACAAGAGGAGAUACUUCAGCGAGCAGGAAGCUAGCAUUGUGGUGCAAGAGAUUGCGAGUGCGCUGGACUUCCUUCAUAACAAAGGUAUGGCCCACAGAGACCUGAAACCUGAAAACAUCUUGUGUGAAUAUGUGGACAGGAUUUCUCCUGUGAAGAUCUGCGAUUUUGAUCUGGGCAGUGGCAUUAAACUCAACAGUGACAGUUCACCCAUCUCCACUCCAGAGCUCCUCACUCCAUGUGGUUCUGCUGAGUACAUGGCCCCUGAAGUGGUGGAGGCCUUUAAUGAGGAAGCCACCAUCUACGAUAAACGCUGUGACCUGUGGAGCCUGGGGGUCAUCCUGUACAUCAUGCUGAGCGGGUAUCCUCCCUUCGUGGGGCGCUGUGGAAGUGACUGCGGUUGGGAGAAUGGAGAACCUUGCCAUGCAUGUCAGAACACCUUGUUUGAGAGCAUCCAGGAGGGCAAGUAUGACUUUCCAGAAAAAGAUUGGGCUCACAUUUCCUACAGCGCCAAAGACCUCAUUUCCAAACUGCUUGUACGGGACGCCAAGAAACGUCUCAGUGCCGCUCAGGUUCUCCAGCACCCCUGGGUACAAGGGGGUGCUCUUGAUUGUCUCCUCUCCUCCAUCCUGCCACAAAGGAAUAGCAGCACUAAGGACUUAACCUUCUUUGCCGGCAAGGCAUUUGCAAUGAACCGUCAACUGGCCGAGCAGGAUGACCUGGAGGAGCAGCAACAGCAGGACUCUCCUCAGGUUGUCACGAUUGGUGCCUCAUCUAUGCGCCUCUCCCCUCCCUCUAAUUCCAAAUUGGCCAAACGCAGACAGAGGAGCAGCAUGCUAAAGGGAGCCCCCGUCUCCGCCUCUGAGCUACGGCAACUCCUGGCACCGCUGGUCAUUGUGGGGGACUGCGCUUGAUUGGUUGAGCUGGGGUACCUGUACGGACAAACCAAUGAUUAUUUUCCACCUUCACCCCUCUUUUUGUUCCUUGGUCCAAUUGAAACCAAACUCUUCCCUAAAGUCCUAAAAUUUAGGAGUCUGUCUGUCCUAAAUUCUGUUUGACUGUUCCACCGGUGCAAACGCUUCUAGAGCACUUUUGAACAGCACUCGACAACCUGGGAACGACAGUCUAUUCGAUGUUGAGUUUAGGAUACUGGGUUACAUCAGGUAUUUUAGGAAUUUGUCAGAGCAUAAAAUACCAACUCUCACACACACACCAAAGGUCUAAUACCCAAACCUCCUUUAUGUGCUGCUUCCACUUUACAACUGGAUUCACUGUGAAUUUUCUCUAUGAGAGAUGAGUUUCUUCGUUUCAGGAAUGUUCCUCCUGUAUGCGUGCAAGCAUUAUACUCCCCCUCCCCUUCUGCAGAUACUGAAGAAUCUAGUUUGCGCUCAGGCAAUGCAGAUGAAGGUUGUUAUGACUCGUUUUAUUUUAGUGUAGAUCUCGUCUAAGUGAAGUUCUGAAUAGCGCCUCCAUAGCCUUUUAUUCAUUUCAUCUGUAAAAUAAUCCUCUGAUUUAGGAAUACCAGCAUCUUCUGUUAAUACUUAAGUGCCAUUUUAGUGGUAUUUCUAAUUCAUACUUGCAGAUUGCCCCAGUGUUCUUUCCAGCCAUUUUUUUUAUGUGAGGGUUUCACUUUGCAAACUUAAUUGGCAUGAUGGAUUCAUCCCAACCAAUGUCAAGGAAGCCACAACGGUUUCCAGUAACUUGUCACCAAAUAUCUUAUCAAUAGCUGCAUUAGAACAUUUAAGCACAAUAAGGUUCUAGUGGUUGGUGGUUUGACAAGCACACGUUUGCCAGUAUGGCUAGAUGAAUGCCGACGGGUGGCAUCAGGGAGUAAAGGCUUUGAGAGCGGACCGUUGUGGUACGCAAAUAUCGAACAAAGCGAUUUAUAAAUAGGAGGGGAGGGAGAGAUUUUUUUCAAAUAACACUUAAAAACUGAAAAAAAAAUAAAAAAUGGAAAAGCAUUCCAGGAAAAAGUAUUUAAAAAAUGUAGUCUUCCAAGACAAUGUAGCCGUAUGAGUGAAAUGGUCUAAGAAAUUUUACUUUUUUGUUUUUUAUAUGUUAAUGGUUGACUCCAACUCAGAGUGUGCCACACUGAUGUUUCAAACUUUGUUUAUCUUUUUAUUGAAAGAAUAUUCUAUUUUAUUUUUACAAAGGUGCUGUUCAGGUGGAACGUUAUAUUUUUCUUUUUGCAUAAUUUUUGUUACUUAUUGAUGUUGAUUUAUAUGCUGAAACGCGAGCGAGCGAGUGUAUGUGACUAGAGAAAACGAAGGAAAUUAAGAAAGAGGCUGAUAGUGCAGGUCUGUUGUUCAACUGUUUUUGUUUUGGCCUUCAAAGUGACUUUCGGGUUGUUUAAACUCCUUUUUUCUCUGUAAUGCUUGAUGGUUUUCAUGGGAUGCAACAAAUUUUGCCAUAGGGUCUGGGAGUGCUGAUCUUGGAUCAGCUUAAGCCAUUUACACGCUAACUCCUACGACACAAGUAUAGAUCACGUGCCUCUCGGAGGCUAUGAAAUCGACAAGCAUUAUUAUCAUCAUUGGGAGUUUGGUUUGCUCAAGUGUAUGAUCCUCUUGAAUGUUUUCAGCGCAUCACCAGUUCUGUCGUGUGGUGCUCUGAAAUAUAUAAAACCUAAUGGCAGGCCUUGGUUUUGAAGGACCCAUUAUGCUGAUUAAUAUGACACUGAUUGUAACCUUUAUUGAUUUUCUUUAAUACUUUGAAAAUGUUUUUACCAAUGCAUCUUUUGUGGGGGUUUUAUGUCUUAUAGUAAGACUUUAAUUGUAUGUACAGUGGUUUCCUCAUGUUUUGUUCAGGAAACUACUUUGCUACAAUGAUGUACAAAUGGUAAACUGAAGCGUUCGUAAGCUAAAUUUAAAGCAAUUUUUGGUCUGGGAAAUACAAUUUCUGACACUUCUCUUCAGUAUAUAUUUUUUUUCUUUUUUCUUUAUAUUGCCGAUUUCUCAGAUAUUAAGGUUUGUAUUUCCUGAAGUGUCUGUGGCACUUGGUAUAUCCUCAAAAGCCCCUGUGCCUCUGACAAAAGAUUCACCUCUGUUUUACCCAUGGAGGAGUUAUGGGUUGCCUUGUAUUAACAAAUCUGACUUCUAUUCUCAAGAUUUCUUAUUUGGGGUGUGUAGAAUGUUCUUGUUUUACGCAGCCCCAUAUUAGCCAUUGCAAAACAAAUGUUAAGUAUUGUAGUAUGACCCAAUGUCCCACCCAAACAUUCUUGGGAUAAGAGUAUUCAGGUACACAAGAAUCGAUUAUUUUAUCCUCAAAAUGUGACCCUCUAGUCUGAAAGCUAUUGUUUUUGAAGCACUGUUUGUCUGUUUCUAAAUUCCAAAGUUUGUCCAAAAUACAAAUUGGGGUAAAAAUCACCUGAGACGACAUGGGUAUUGAUUUAAGAAGCACUUUACUGUACCAUGUGGCUGAUUGCAGUUCACUCGAAGCUAAAUUUAUGACUGUUGUUGCUGAUUUUUGUAUUGUUUUGUACAAAACAAACCGACAAAACACAAUAAAAUGCUUUGAACAUA